AUGGGUCUGAGUACGAAGGUUGAAGAGUCGGUACGUGAAGUUCAAUCACAAAGCGAUGCUAGCUCUAUAGCACUCUUAGAAGAUCCUGUUGCUGAAUAUGAUAUUCCACAAGAGUUGAUUGACCGGGGCCAUGCAAGACGUAUGGGCCACUUAGAAAACUAUUUUGCAAUGUUACAAAGACAAGAACUAUACUCGAAUUUUGCAGUCUAUUUGAAGAUGAAUAAAUCUGUCUCAAGAAACGAUUUAAAACAUGCAUUAAGAGAGGUGAUUUUGGAAAAUUCUGUACUAGCUCAUACCAUUGUACCAAAAUAUUAUCCCGAUCAUGAAGCCUUCUAUAAAAGUGAAAAAUAUUUAAAUGUUCCAUACCCAAAGCAUGAUUUUAUGAAGAUAUUACCGAGCUUAUCUCUGGAAGAUAUUAUAAUAAAUGAUCAAUCGGAAUAUACAGAGGUGGUCAACAGUAUUAUAGAUCAAUUCGUGAAGGACAAUGGUAAAAUCACAAAUAAGUUGUCCGAGAUAGUUUCCAAUAUUUGUAUUCCGAUUUACGACCAAUCGAGGCCAAAUUGGAGAUUACUUUGCUUACCAGACAACACUGAUGAAUAUUCUAACUUUGUGUAUAUCAGUAAUCAUUGUUGUUCUGACGGAACCAGUGGUAUCAAUCUUUUCCAAGAUUUAGUUAAAAGUUUGAAUGGUAAGAAGUCCCCUGAGAUGACUUCACCAGACUCGUUGAUCUAUAAUUAUGAAAAAGAUUUUGACAAGAUAUCAAAGUUACCAGCUGCAAUUACUGAUAGAGUUGAUUAUAGACCAGCACUAUGGAAAUUACCUCAGUUCAUGCUAUCCACACUAGGAAAAGUAUUUUUCAGUUACAAGUCUCCUGCUCCAGUCAGUACUAAAAUCAAUAUGUCUAAACCACAACCAAGUUUCCAUAAUAUUUUGAAUUUCACUCCUGACGAAUUAAACAAAAUUAGAAUUGCAAUUAAAAAAAACGCUUGUACCAUGACAUCCUUCUUGCAAACAUGUCUAUUUAUAACACUAAAGGAGCAUGGAAUUUUUGCGAACAGGAAAUGGAAUGAGUUUGGGUUUGAUAUAACUGUACCAAGCAACACAAGAAAGGAUUUACCAGAAGAGUUAGUGACUUCACAAUACAAAUAUGGUUCAAAUGUGGGUGGAUUACAUUAUUCCUUUUUAAUUUCAAGUUUUAUUGCUGAGAACUUUUGGAAACUAUGCUCAUAUUAUUCUGCAGUAUUGAAACAAGCUGACUUUUUACGUCCUCUUGGUACAAUCAUGUUGGAUUUUGUAGUCAAUAAGCAAAAUAUUGAUUCUAUGAUUUCCGACUCUUAUUUAAAUAAAAAGAGAGGAGGAAUAAUUUUAAGUAAUGUUGGUUAUUUCGAACAGAAUGACGACGAGUGCGAAAUUUUAGAUUUAAUGUUAAUGCAAAAUGUGGGUGGUUUAAAUUUCUCUUAUGCCGUGAAUAUCUGUAGUACUAAUCUUGGUGGUAUGAAUAUUUGUUUGAGUAUCGUCGAAGGGACCUUAAAAGAUAGAGAUGAUUUCAAUGCCUUUUGUGAUGAAUUGAAAACUACAGUAAGACAAUUUUGUGACAUAAAUUAA